AUGAGCUCAAAGCAAACAAAAGUGUUGGCUGAGCCGGUUUGGAAUGACUCCACGAAACUCGUCUCUCAGCCUUCAACAUACAGUGUCACGGCUUUCGCUAACUGCCGACCCAUGAUAUCUGCGUGUGCUUGUGUGGAUCUGUUAAAGUUUGUUCGUAUGAAUGGACUGAGAGCCGCCGUCGCACUGGCGCUGCUGGCCGUGAGCGCCGCCUCGCCCGGCCUCCUGAGCCUCCUCGGCGGGGCUGGAGGCAAGGGCGGAGGAGGAGGCAGAGGGCGCGGCCAUGGCGGACCCGGCGGCGGCGGCGGCGGCGGGCUCGGCGUCACCGUCAUCAACGUGUCAUACGGCGGGAGCGGCGGCGGCGGCGGCGGCAGGGGCGGCAGGGGCGUGGGCGGCAGCGGCGGAGGCAGCCACGGAGGAGGCGGCGGAGGCAGCUACGGCAGCGGCGGAGGCAGCCACGGAGGAGGCGGCGGAGGCAGCUACGGCAGCGGCGGAGGCAGCCACGGAGGAGGCGGCGGAGGCAGCUACGGCAGCGGCGGAGGCAGCCACGGAGGAGGCGGCGGAGGCAGCUACGGCAGCGGCGGAGGAGGCGGGAGCUUCGCAGGCGCUGGAGGUUACGGCAGCGUAGGCUCCGGAGGCCAUGGAGGCGGAGGCGGGUACGGAGGCGGAGGCGCGGUUGGGUACGGAGGCAGCAGCGGCGGCGGGUACGGAAGCGGAGGCGGUGGGUACGGAUUCUCAGGUGGAGGAGGACAAGCUGGCAGCGGCAAUGGUGGAUACGGAUUCAUAGGUGGAGGAGAAGGUGGACACGCAGGUAGCGGCGGAGGCGGUGGCUACGGAGCCGGAGGCGGUGGCUACGGAGCCGGAGGCGGUGGAUAUGGACUAUCAAGUGGAGGCGGAAGCUUUGGAGGAGGAGGAAGCGGAGGCAGCGGCGUCGGAGGCUACACGGUCGCGACGAUCUACCGAGGGGGCACAGGAGGAGGAGCCGCGAGGGGGCUCGGAGGAGGCGCGGGCGGGGGAGUCCUUGCUGUGAGAGGAGGCGGCUACGGGAAGUGA